AUGCUUGAUGAGUUACUUGUUAACUUGGAUGGGGGAAGGGUGUUAACACCUUAUUUUCCUCACUGCUGUGAUCACUGGGGCCGGAGGCGGCAGUGGCGGAAGGAGAGGAGGGCUAACAAACACUUGUCUUCGGAAGCUCAUGAUGUGAGUAAAUCUGGGUUCGUUAAUACCAAUUCUGAGAAAGGUAUAAUAAAAAAUUUAUUUACAGAAACUCCAUCUUGGUUAGAUACAUUCAAAAAUCCAUUCAAUGAUUGGCGAGCGGUGAACUUGAAGAAAAGCUUGGAUAAUUUUUUACGAGAGUUGAUUGCUAAUGAAAAAGCUUCAUUAUUAGAUUUCAGAAACUAUUUAUUUAGCAGACAAUGUGCAAUAUUACUUUUGCUUAAACAGCCAUGGGAGAUUGCUCGACGCUGCUUAUUGUUUGUAUAUAAUACCUUGAGUGAAUUACGGAUACUAGAAAUAAGCUUACCAGAUGGAUCAGUGGAAUGUUGGUCAAUUCUUUGUGCAUUAGAAAUUUUAGAUGUUUGUCAAACAUUAUUGAUAUCAGCAGAUAACAGUCAACAUCUUGAUCUUUGCUCUCUAUAUACAGCUGAUUUAUGGGCUCUGGCAAGUAAAAAGUUAGGUAAAUUAGGAAAAUUAUGUGGUCUUAUGCCUCAUAUUUCAAAGCCGACUAGCGAACAGCUUCAUACGGUUAUUUAUCUUAUAGCCGGAUUAAAUAAUACAUCCAUUGAAACUCAAGAGGAAGUUUUAUAUACUAACAAAUUUAAGAGCGCAUUGUCAUCUAAUGAGAUUUUUACAAAACAAUUUUUAGAGUAUUCAGAAUUAGCUAUGGGAACUUACAAACAUAUAGGAAGAAUCAGAUCAGCAAGAUAUAUCGGAAAAGAAUUAGCACAAUUUUACAGUAGCUUAGAUGAAAAUCAAACAGCUAUUACCUUUUUAUUAGAUGCUUUAAAAACAUAUACUGAUGAAGGCUGGAAUUUGUUAGCAUUGAAAACUCAAUUGAAACUAACUGAAUAUUAUAAAAAAAUGAAUAAUUCGAAAAAAUACACAAAAAUGUGUUGUCUAAUUGCUUGUUCCACAGUGUUGAACAUAGCCGCGCGAAAAACUUACUUUGAAGAAAUAUUGACGCAUACCAAAGUAUUCCCUGUAGCUAAGCCACUAUUUAUUGAAUUUGAUAAUUGUUUUGAGCUACUAAAGAUAGAUGUGAACAUCGUUGAUAAAGUUAUAGAAAAUUUUAUUGUGAAUGUGAAUAUUUCUUUAAAGUCACUAUUUCCAACAACCAUAAAAGACGUUCGUGCAUCUAUUUCUGUAGAAAAAAUUCUUGAAAUGAAUGCUGAUUCAAAAUUAAAAUGUCAUCCGGAAUCUCAAAUAACUUUAUUAUCUGAAUGGACUAAAAAAAGCUUGCAACAAGAGAACUCUCAGCUUACUAAAUUACAAGUUUAUCCGUACAUAGAUUUUAGAGAAGAUAUGAGUAUUGAAUCUGUUGGUAUUAUAAAUAAAAACGUUAAGCCACUUAUUAACCAAACUGACAGAAAAAAAAGUGAAAAAUUUAGUACAUAUGUAGAUGAAGUUGUAAACGAAGUACUUGACAAAAAUAGAUUCGAAAUAGAAUCUGGUGAGAACAACUUGAAGAUUUCCAUAGUUGACAAUAAACCCGGAACUUACCGAAUCAACCGAUUAUCACUAAUUAUUAAUGAAAAAUUAAUAUUUCAAUCUGAACUUAUUAAACCACAAGUACAUUAUAAAAUUAUGAAGACGCAACCAUCAAUUUCUAUCAAUGGUCGAGAUCUUAUUGCGGGAGUUGUUCAAAAUACUGAAUUGAUAAUAUCUAAUGGUAGUGUAAAAAUUCAAAAAGGUACCAAAAUAAAAUUAUGGACAUCACGAGGCUUAAUGAUAAAACUUGCUAAUAGUACGGAAAGUACAUCCAAUGAGAUUGAAAUUGUAUUAUCUGAGUAUGAACCGUGGCAAAUAAUUAAAUUGCAAUUGCAGGUUUAUUCUGAACUACCACCAAAAAGAGAUUCGUCAUCUAUGGAACACAAAAUAUAUAUUCAAUCAUCUUGGAGUGCUCAAGAAAGUAUAUUAUUGAAUUUUGAACCUCCUUUGAUGUCGUCUUUAACUGUUCAUACAAUUAAAGAAAGAAAAUUUCUACAGAUCGUUGUUACAGGCCUUACAAAAAAACCUUUGCAAUUGACUGAUCCAGAAUUGAUAAUAAACACUUCUGUAGUUAUAAAUUUUAAGAGUCUUAAUCCUACUGCAGGUCAAAAAUUUAUUAUCAGAAAUGGAAUCAAAGUGUCAUAUUUGUGGGAAAUGAAAUUGGGAAGAAAUUAUACCAUAGUAAAUCCUUUAAAAUUUGAUUUUAAUGUAAAAUAUUCUAUGAUUGAUCAUACAGAUGACUUGUAUGAAUCCAAUAUUAAUGACGAUCCUCUUCAAAUAAACAAACUUCUAAAAUUAGAGAGGUCAAAUAACACAUAUCGAUGCUACUUCGAGAUUUCAAAUUAUGUCUCCAUAUUCACUGUAACAUCGAAAGUAAAAGCUAAUGGAAAUGCAGGUGAAUUUUGUCGUUCCGGGAGUAUAUGUCAUCUUCACUUAAACAUAACACGAAUAUUGCCUAAAGUUCAUUUGAAUACUUUGCCUCAACUCAUGUAUGAGGUUUUGGAUGAUCAAUCAAUGUGGGCUAUCUGCGGUCGUACGGCAGGAAUUAUAACACUUGAUACUUGUGAUGAACAGAACGUGACUCUGGAUAUUAUGCCAUUGAAAAAUGGAUACUUGCCUCUUCCCAUAGUUCGGUUGUCUCGUUACAUACCUGCUUUAGAAACAAGAAAUGGUAAGUUUCAUUAUCUCAAAUCUUGAUUAAAAUAAAUGAAUAUAUCUGCACGAAAAAAAAAUAGAUUCCCGUUGCAGAGCCUUGUGCAAAUCCUUAGUUUCUAGCGUCUCCAUCUACGU